AUGCCUGGAUCCGGCGACUUUCAAGUAAUCUACCAGCAAAUCCUGCGGCAGAAUCAAGCGAUGGCGGAGCAAAACACCCGGCUGAUGGAGAUGAUGGAACGUUUUGGCAAUCAAGAAAACGUUUCCAUCGGUCGGCGGGCAGCCCGGAGUUCAUCAUCGAGUUCGGGAGUUCGGGUCCGGGAGUUCGUCUACGAUCCAGACAACGGGCUCGUUUUCGACCGGUGGUACCGGAAGUACGAAGACCUUUUCCUCAAGGACGGAGCGAAGUUGGACGAUGCGGCGAAAGUGCGGUUGCUGUUGAGAAGCCUCAGCGUGACGGUGCACGACAAGUACGUCAACUUCGUGCUCCCAAAGCACCCCAUGCCAACGUCUGCAAACCUCAAGCACGACACGGCCAUAGUGGAACACAAGAAAUCGGUGAGUACAAUCUGCGCAGUCAAGCAGAACAAGCCUCCAUCGAUGACACCGAGUUCCAAAGAGAAGGAGAAGACGAAGUCCGAAGGUCCAAAAACACCCUGCUGGCAGUGUGGCGGAAUGCACUACGUCCGGGACUGCACCUACACGAAGCACGUUUGUCGGGACUGCAAGCAAACCGGCCACAAAGAAGGGUAUUGUGGCAGCUACACUUCGAAGGCGGCACUCAAGAAGAAGAAGCACGUGAACGGAAUUUUCUCCAUCAACCAGGUCAGCUGCACUUCUAGACGGAAGUUCCUAACGGUGGAUAUCAACGGGUCUCAAGUGACCAACAACAGCAUCAACCUGAUCGGUCUGGAAUGGAUCGAGCUGUUCAAGCUGUGGGACACCCCGCUAUCUACAAUCUGCAACCAGGUCCACGUUGCCGAUGGUCAAGUCAAGCAAAUCCAAGUGUACAAAGCUGCGUAUCCCGAAGUGUUCAAGAACGGCCUCGGACGCUGCAAGAAGAUGAAGGUCCGACUCUAUCUCAAGCCCGAUGCCAAACCCGUUUUCAAGCCGAAGCGCCCAGUUCCUUUCACGUCCAUGGAGAAGAUCGAUGCGGAGCUGGACCGACUUCAAUCGCUGGGCAUCAUCACGCCUGUCGAUUUCUCGCAGUGGGCGGCUCCGAUCGUCGUAGUGAAGAAGCCCGGAGGAAAACUUUAUGGGUGCCGGUAUUUCAGCGUCAUCGACCUGAGUGACGCCUAUCUUCAAGUUGAAGUUGACGACUCGAAGCAGCUGCUCACAAUCAACACGCAUCGAGGUCUCUUCCGCUUCAACCGGCUCGCACCAGGAGUAAAAUCCGCUCCCGGGGCCUUCCAGCAGUUGAUGAACAGCAUGGUUGCCGAUCUCGAAGGAGUGGACACGUUUCUGGACGACAUCUUCGUGGCCAGCAAAACCGAAGAGGAGCACCACAAGAUGCUCAAAGCACUGUUUCAACGCCGUCAAGCCUACGGUUUCGUUCUGAGGGAAGAAAAGUGCAACAUUCUGCAGACGGAGGUAAAGUAUUUGGCGCACAUCGUAGACGAGAACGGUCUCCGUCCUGACCCAUCCAAGGUGGAAGCCAUUGUCAAGAUGCCACCGCCCAAAGAUGUCACAACUCUACGCUCGUUCCUUGGUGCGGUGAAUUUCUACGCGAAGUUUGUCCCGGAGAUGCACCAACUGCGGCGGCCACUCGACGCGCUGCUGAAGAAUGCCAAAUUCGUUUGGAACAGCGAGUGCCAGAAAUCGUUCAGGCGCUUCAAGGAAGUACUCCAGUCGGAUUUGCUUCUGACACACUACGAUCCAUCACUAGCCAUCAUAGUUGCUGCCGACGCCUCGCAGUCCGGAAUCGGUGCCUGCCUUCUACACAGGUUCCCCGAUGGCUCACUCAAAUCUAUCGAGAAGGAAGGUCUUGCACUGGUGUUUGCCGUAACGAAAUUCCAUCGGAUGCUGCUUGGACGCAAGUUCACCCUCCAGACGGAUCAUCAGCCACUCCUGCGGAUAUUCGGACAGAAGAAGGGUAUUCCGGUUCACACGGCCAACCGCCUUCAACGUUGGGCCCUGACGCUUCUGUGUUACAACUUCGACAUCGAGUACGUGUCCACCACGCAGGUUGGAUAUGCCGACGUACUGUCCCGCCUCAUCAACGGUUACGUCAAAGCAGAGGAGGACUUCAUCAUCGCAUCGAUUCAACUGGAAGACGACAUCGAUAUUCCACUCCAGGAAGCCAUCAGUUCGCUGCCAGUUACGUUCAAAGCGGUUCGCGGUGCUACUCUCCAGUGCCCGGUUCUCCAACAAGUGAUCCAGUACAACCAGCGUGGAUGGCCCUCCAAAAUCGAUGACAUCGCUAACGCUGAAGUUCGCCCUUUCUUCGCUCAUCGAGACGCUCUAUCGGUAGUGAAUGGGUGCGUCAUGAUGUCCAACCGUUUGGUGAUUCCGGACAGUUUUCGGCAGCGGAUUCUCAAGCAACUCGACCGAGGACAUCCGGGAAUGAAGCGGAUGAAAGCUAUCGCACGUAGUCACGUGUACUGGCCGAGGAUCGAUGACCACAUUGCUGAUUUUGUGAAGAGAUGUGAAAGCAGUGUUGAAAAUUAUUAUUAUUAUUAA